AGGUGACUGCUUCUACUACUUCUAAGAUCGUUUAGUUUGUACUCCAUAGUACGCACCCCCCCCUGAAGAAGAGCGGCGCUAUACUAGUAAGUAUGUACUACAGCGAGCUUUUCUUCUUAUUCCCUAAAGCAAACUUAAACUAAAAACCACUCUUCAAAUUCGUGAGCGAUUUUUUCUUUAAUCGCGACUUUCAAUUUUGGACAAAUGCAUCCUGCAAUUUGCAGAGCAACUGUGCCUGUUCUUUUUCAAUUUACAGUACCGAGUGGUCGAGAAUAAAAAUAAUUUUACUUUUUUUAUCUCCUGCGGGCCGCGCAUCUUCCAAACUACAACUAGUCUCCUACUUAAGCAACGGCAGUACCAGCAUGGCAACCGUUGCAGUGGGCCAACCUCGCAAACCCUCCUCGCGCGGCUCCUCUCGCGGCAGCGCUCGUCCCUCGAUCCAUUUCAACCGUCCGCCAACGGAUGAAUUGGUAAUCGUUGGCGCUGGGGUUCGCGAAUUGAACGGUCUCUAUUCCUAUCUAAUGUAAAAAUGUCUGGGUCUGGAAGAAUGCAUGUUUGUCAUGCCUGUCUGGCAUGACUCUUAAAUCUGUCAUGCACGUUGCCCAAGAGCUUCAUUUUUCUGCGAUGCAGGAACGCAGUUUGUCAUGCAGAAUAAGCAACACCUAGAAGCUCAGAAACUUGUCAUGCUGAGCCAGCAUUUGCGGCCUCAUCAUGAGACGCCACCCAGCAUCACAACUUUCCAGACCCAGACACUUUUACAUUUGAUAACUCCCGCCAGGAGGCGAUUUCCAUCCCCUUCCCGAGGUAUGACCCGAAGACUAUCCAAGAAAAAAACGUUGUUAGUGUAAAUUUGUGAUGCGCAACAUGCAAGAUGAUUGCGUCUGUCAUGCUUGGCAUGCAUCGUAGGGCCCAUUCCACGGCGUUUUCCCGUACUAUCUGCGCAUGACAGGUGGUUGCUUUCAUGCGAGAGAUAUUUGUCAUGCUAAUCCUCCAAGAAAGUUACACCUACAAUGUUUUUUUCUUGGAUAAAGACGAAACAGAGACUACCAGCGAUCAUCAACGUGCCCAACGGUUUCCGCAAAAUUUGCAAGCGGGAAAACUUUGGCACCCCGGAAGACUUCUGGAUAGCGGUGAACCAACAUGCGGACUACUACCAGCACGAGAGUAUCAUAAGGUGAAAACGCCCGUCCUUUAUUCAUACCCUGCAAGACAAAUGAAUCCAGAACAACUUCAACUUUUAGGAUUGACGCAUGACAAGUUCGACUCUGAGAGCAGCGCCGUCGCGUAGCCUAGACAGACCAACCGCAUAUUCACUGCAUCAAACCGCCUCUCUUUCAUAUCUCAACUCUAAAUGUAUGCAGCGCAUGAUCACAAAAUGCCUUCCAAAAUAAUGAUGCGAAGCCGCAUGAGAGAUGAUGUUCAUCUUCCGGACAACAUGCAAAAAAUAGGAAUGCGCAUGACAAGAACUCUGGGAACAAGGUGCGAGACGUUUUUACACAGCAUAAAGAAAUCGGACGCAUACAUUUACUUCGAUUGCGAGCGCGAAACCUGGUUUCUAGACGACGCAAAGGGGACCAGCGUGUACGAAUUCGAUAUGAAGAAGAAUUUCGAGUCCAUCGCCCAGGGCGCCCUCGAGAUGGGUUUCCAUAUCAAAUGCAAAAGUAUCGUACUAGUAGUAAUCGCAAUCACGCAUCACAAAUCUGCCUCCUAACCUAAAUCCGCAUUACAAAUUCCAUUUCUCAUGCUGAGGGAAUUUGUCAUGCGAUUUAUACUAGUACGAUACUUUUGCAGUGCAUAUUCCAAGUCCCGCAGCAACUCUUCGCGAAACUCGGAUCCGCGGUCCCGCUAACCUCCUUAAACGCGAUAUCCCAUGUAAAAACGUCCCCACCCGAUAGUUGUCAUGCGGGUUUGCAAUGACAGGAACAUUUGUAAUGCGCACCUACAUGAGAGGAAUUUCCAAUCGUGUUUUGGAAUUUGUAAUGCCGUAAACAGGAUGAGGAGGAGGGUUUGUGAUGCGACUGUCCUUGCUAAGCCGCACUACAGUACAAAGACAGACUUGCCAUGCAUGUCUCCCGAAACUCGCUCCUGGAUUUGUGUUGCCGAGUUCGCAACUUGACUAUGGGGUGGGGACGUUUUUACAUAGGAUACGCGAAGCCCGGGUGGGAAAUGACCAAAGCGAACCGCAGGAUGCGGGAACUGAAUAUGCAAUGCAAAAGCAUCGUACUAAGUCUAAAUUGCAUCACAAGUUUGCUCAGCAUGACAAAUGCAAUUUGUAAUGCUGUUUUACCUUAGGAAGAAGAUUUGUCAUGCUUAUUUGCAAUUAGUACGGGUGCGAUGCUUUUGCACUGGAUCCUGAACCCGUUCCGACGGGGGGAGAUGGACGUGCCCAUCGUGAAAAUAAGCGAAGUAUGGAUUGCAAAUAUCUCUAGGUCUGGAAAGAUGCAAACUUGUCAUGCAGGUGUUACAUGACGCAUGAGGUCUCGAAUGCAGAACGUAGCAUGACAGAUUCUGUGAGACCUGUAUCAUGCCUAUUCUGCAUGAGAAACCCCCUUUCAACUUGGUGGAAAGUGGCCAGCUUUUGGUAAUCCUGCAACACAGAUUUUUGCAUGAUUCAGAUUUGGCAUGACAAGGUGCAUCCUUCCAGACCCAGACAUAUUUGCAGCUGAUACGAAAAUUACCCGAUCGAGUUGCUUCCAGAGUUGGGCGACGAGGACGGAGAGGAGGAUAGCAAGGACGCUGUUCUUGUUGCUGCAGGAGGAGAAAAUAGCGGAGAUAUGAAAUUCGAUCGGGGGGAAGGGGUGUAAAUCACUUAAAAAUACGUCGUCAGAAGUAGAAUUACAGUAGCAGUAGUGUCCAUCACAACUAUAUUAAAUCACAGCUUCAGCUAUACCACAUUCAACAUAUACCGUACUGAGAUUUGAUGUAGCUGUAUCCCAGCUCUAUUUUCUAUCACAUUUUUUUCAGCUCUUUUACGUAAAUUAUGUUUUUGAGUGCUGUGCCUGACGAUAAUCAUAAUUUGGGUCAAAGCCGAACCCUUUUCUGUGCAUGUCGACCAUGCUGUAUCCCAGCUGUACCAAUCACGACCUGUUCCAGUUGUGUUGGCCUUUAAGUACCACCUCCAUGAUUGCGAUAUGAUGCAAGUACACGCUUCCUGCGUAGAGGAAUGCACGCAAAGCUAUAGUCCGCUAAAAGGACGCCUGGCUUGUGCGACUGAUCGAGCAUAAGAAUUGUUGCUCCUCGUCCGCAACCCACAGUUUUAAUAAAAAGUGUUCCGCAGCAGAAGUUGUAGUGCAGAGCCAGAAGUCAUUUGCUAUACACGACAUCGCCAGGUGGUCACCAGAACUACUAGUACAUGUACA